AGCGGAGAGAGAGUGCGUCUGACAGCAAGGUCCUCCACAGAAAAGUCCUUCACAGCGCUCGGUUUAGGGCAAAAUGCGGCUGGGGAACGCUAUGCUGAAAAUCUGGUUUCUUGUAAAGUGCCAAUGAUGGAUGUUUAAGGAUGUUAUGGGAUUACUGUGCAGUGUUUAUAUGGAAUAAGGUUGCAGCAUGGAAUCUCAUGGAGAAAACAGGCUCAGCACUUGAACUCCAGCCCAUAGAGAGGACAACCUGGAAUUCAGUCUCAUUAUCCUUCUAAACCUAUUCAAUUGAACUGGAACUGUGUUUACUAGAGUGACAAGUGUACAGAAUAAACCAUGCAUUUGGGCAGAGGACUGCUGUUUUUCCUUCUCUUAAACAGUGUGACCAUGAGUUUCUCUCUAUCAACCUGCACCACGGUGGACAUCGACCACAUCAAGAAGAAGAGGGUGGAGGCCAUCCGGGGUCAGAUCCUCAGCAAGCUGAGGCUGACCAGCCCGCCGCAGACCCUGGGCCCUAGUCAGGUGCCCUAUCAAGUGCUGGCCCUGUAUAACAGCACUAGGGAACUGCUGGAGGAGUUGGGAGACAGACAUCAGAGCUGCGGCCAGGACAACACCGAGACCGAAUACUACGCUAAAGAGAUACACAAAUUCAACAUGAUCCAGGGCUCCCCCGAAAACAAUGACCUUCCCUACUGCCCCAAGGGAAUAACGUCCAAAGUUUUCCGCUUCAACGUCUCCAGCAUGGAGAAGAACGCGACCAACCUGUUCCGGGCAGAAUUCCGUGCGCUGCGGGUGCCAAACUCCAGCGCCAAGAGAAACGAGCAGCGCAUCGAGCUCUACCAGAUUCUUCGUCCCGAUGAGCACAUCGCUAAGCAGCGCUACAUCGGCGGCAAGAACGUUCUGACUAAAGGAACGCCGGAGUGGGUUUCCUUUGACGUCACUGAGACCGUACGGGAGUGGCUCAUGUACAGAGAGACCAACCUCGGCCUGGAGGUCAGCGUUCACUGCCCGUGCCACACGUUCAGCCCCAACGGAGACAUCGUUGAGAACGUCAACGAGGUGUUGGAGGUCAAAUUCAAAGGGAUGGACAGCGAGUACGAGGAGCAGAACCGCUGGGAUUUGGGUCGACUUAAGAAGCAGAAGGAGCAGCUUCUCCCUCAUCUGAUCCUGAUGAUGCUGCCGCCACACCGGCUGGACGUGCUGCCCACCUCUAGACGACGCAAACGCGCGCUGGACACUAACUACUGCUUCUCAAACUACGAAGAGAACUGCUGCGUUCGGCCGCUGUACAUUGACUUCCGGCAGGAUCUGGGCUGGAGGUGGAUCCACGAGCCGAAAGGGUAUCACGCCAACUUCUGCUCCGGGCCGUGCCCAUACCUCCGCAGCGCUGACACCACGCACAGCUCGCUGCUGAGCCUGUACAACACGCUGAACCCCGAGGCGUCCGCUUCCCCCUGCUGCGUUCCUCAAGACCUCGAGCCGCUCACCAUCCUCUACUACGUGGGCCGAACGCCUAAAGUGGAGCAGCUCUCCAACAUGAUCGUCAAAUCCUGCAAGUGCAGCUGAGGGGCCCGAGACCCCGGCACUGAGCCCGACGCAGGUUCCAGCGCUCGAGGGCCAAAAGGAAGGGUGCGUGCCAGGAACUGGACUCUAAAUGAAUACCUCCGUACAUCCUUCUCACCCACAUCCAACCCAGGAGCCAGAGGCUUCUCUAAGCACUAGAAAGUUGCGUUCCAAGACGACUACGCUGCCCUACGAUCCCUCGGACUUCUAGUUUGACGUUUGAAAUGACUUGUCCACUUUUAAUGUGUAUUUUUUGGUCAGCUCUUUUAACGGCGAACCUCGCGGCCAUUUAUGAACUCUGACCUUCGUAAGAUCCACAGAAGCAUCUUUACUGAGGACACCGCCCACGCGUGCUGGAUCGACAUACACCGAGAGCGCCGACCCUUGUGUUUUUGUAUAACUCAUUUGAGCACGGCAUUUCCCAGACUGAACGUUGUAGUGUGUAAUCAACGCCGUUCGUCUAACGCGACGGUGUUAAUGGUAAUACAAACAUGCUGGAAAGAAUUCUUUUGAGAAAACAAUGUGUUUUGACUUAUGUUUACCUCUGUCGCUCGGCAGAAGUUUUAGGGGUUUUUAUAGUUCUUCAAUGAAGCUGACGUUUCGAAACGACGUAUGCCGACACAUGAACUUUUAGAUCACAAACUGCUAAUGUUUUUACUGCUAUUACUCCUGAAAACACUUUUUUAAUUAAACAGUCUUGGACAUAAA